AUGGUCAUACUUUUCCUUUUGAACCCCAUCCCAGAGUUUCUAUAUGUUGUCUGGAGCUUUCCUACUGUAACUUCGGCUAAGGUUAAUCAAACUCUUUACUUGUUUAUCAACACUAGGCAUGAGCUGUUACUUUUUGAAGCCCUCCGAGAAGGACUGGAAGAAGAGAUGGACAGAGAUACAACAGUAUGUGUUGUGGGGGAAGAUGUUGGUCACUAUGGAGGCUCUUACAAGGUGACCAAGGGCCUAGCCACAAAGUUUGGAGAUCUUAGGGUUCUUGACACUCCAAUCGCAGAGAACUCUUUCACAGGAAUGGCUAUUGGAGAUGCCAUGACUGGCCUAAGGCCGGUUAUUGAAGGAAUGAACAUGGGUUUCCUUCUUCUGGCUUUCAACCAAAUUUCCAACAACUGUGGAAUGCUACAUUACACCUCAGGUGGCCAAUUCAAAAUUCCAGUAGUCAUCCGUGGGCCUGGAGGUGUAGGUCGCCAGCUUGGAGCAGAACACUCACAACGUCUUGAAUCUUAUUUCCAGUCGAUUCCUGGAAUUCAAAUGGUUGCUUGCUCAACUCCUUACAAUGCCAAGGGAUUAAUGAAGGCUGCCAUCCGAAGUGAGAAUCCUGUGAUUCUCUUUGAGCAUGUUCUCUUGUACAAUCUCAAGGAGAGGAUCCCAGAUGAGGAAUACAUUUGCUCACUAGAGGAGGCUGAGAUGGUGAGGCCUGGAGAACACAUUACGAUUCUCACAUACUCUCGCAUGAGGUACCACGUGAUGCAAGCGGCGAAGACUUUGGUUAACAAGGGUUAUGAUCCCGAAGUAAUUGAUAUUAGGUCAUUGAAGCCAUUUGAUCUUCACACAAUUGAAAACUCAAUUAAGAAGACUCACCGUGUUCUGAUUGUUGAAGAGUGCAUGAGAACUGGUGGAAUUGGUGCCAGUUUGACAGCAGCAAUUAAUGAGAAUUUCCAUGAUUAUUUGGAUGCCCCUGUUAUCUGUUUGUCUUCACAGGAUGUACCAACUCCGUAUGCUGGGACAUUGGAGGAAUUCACGAUUGUCCAGCCAGCCCAGAUUGUUGCUGCUGUAGAGAAGCUCUGCCAGUAA